AUGUUCCACCACUAUGCAAUCUCUACGCCAUUGAUUAUUCCAAACGCUACACCUAAACAUUCGCGACAACUGCUAGCGCAAUGCGAACACCCCGAGUCAAGUCAAGAGACGGCUGACCCCGCCCGGACUGGCGAACAUGCUCAUCAACGACCUCUACCUCGAGAUACCGCUGCGCCAACACCACAGAACCCCCAAAUCCGGCGGGAACGUCGUAGGGACUCGAUUAUCAAUGAUCCGACCAUGGAUUACCUGAUUGAUUUCUCCACCGAGGAGGGGUUCUACGAGUGCGCCAAGAAAAAGAAGAAGCAGCAAGCAGCUUUCAACUGGGACGAGCCCGAAAAGAAGGACGAACCCCCGGCCGAUGAGGGUAAUGGCAAUGGAGGCGAUCAAAACGGAGGCGACUCUGGAAAUGCCGGAGGUGAUGCAUCCGGAGCUGGCGAUGGCAACGGGGACGACAAGAAGGACGAGGGAGGAGACGCCAACCCCGACGAUGAAUGGGGCAGCUUUGCUACCGUAGGCAAGAAGAAGAAAAAGGGCAAGAAGGGUGCCGCUGCUGAGGAGGAGGUUGCCGAGACCAAGACUGAAGCAUUCGACGAGAUCAAACUAGACGACACGGCGCCCGCUCUAGACUUGAAUUUUGGAGGUGACGCGCCGGAAACCAAAACCAGUUCCUUUGGAACAUGGGGGACUAGUUGGAAUACCGGUUCAACAUGGGAUUGGUCCAACACCAAGGAUGCAGACAAGGGCAAGGAGGAAGAGAAAAAGGAAGAGGUAGACGACAACCCUUGGAGUAUAAAUCGACCCAAACCCAAGAAGAAGGGCAAAGCAACGUUCAGCUUUGGUGCUUUUGAUGAAGAGGAGGAGAAGACCGAGGAACCGGCACCUGUAGAAGAGGAAAAGAAGGAUGACGACUUUGGCUUCUCUUUCGGCAACAGCAAAAAGGACAAGAAGAAGAAGAAAAACAGCAUUUGGGACCCUGAACCUGAAGAGACCAAGGUGGAGGACCCUUUGGCGGCAAGCCAGGAUCUCGAGUCAACAAAAGCUGCAGAAGACGAUCUCUGGGGCGGCGGCUGGGGUACGACGACCAAGAAGAAGGGCAAGAAGGGAAAGAAUGCCGUGGAAGAGAUCAAGGAACCUGAUCCUCCGGCAGUACCUGACCCGCCCGCUGAAGCGCCACCCCCCGAGGACGACUGGUUUACUGGCGGAUCCAAAAAGGACAAGAAGAAGAAGAAGGCCACCUUUUCGUGGGCUGAUGACGUAGAGGAGGCAGAACCACCCAAGGAGGAGCCGCCCAAGGAAGAGGAGAAGCCUGUCGAAGAGGACUUUUGGGGCACCAUCUCUACCAAGAAGAAGGGCAAGAAAGGCAAGAAUGUGAUUGAGGAAGUAAAAGAACCGGACCCGCCAGUUGUCCCUGAUCCACCUGCCCCUGAACCCGAGGAGAAGAAGGAAGAGGAUGAUUGGGCUUCAUGGGGUCUUUCGAAAAAGGACAAGAAGAAGAAGAAAAAGGGUGUCUUUGAUGACCCCGAACCACCAGCUCCAGAUCCUGUGGUGGAGGAGCCGGCCCCAGAACCAGAACCCGAAAAGAAGGAUGACGACGAUUUCUGGGCAACGUUUGGCACCAAGAAGGACAAGAAAAAGAAAAAGGGCAAGAAUGCUGAUCCUGAACCUGAACCAGUAGAGGAGUUCAAAGAGCCCGAGCCUGAACCUGAGCCAAUUGUUGAAACAGCUCCUGAACCGGAGCCAGAAAAGAAGGAGGAAGACGACAUUUGGGGUUUCACCUCCAAGAAAGACAAGAAGAAGAAAAAGGGCAAGAACGCCAUUGUCGAAGAGCCUCCCAAAGCUCCAACACCUCCACCAGAGCCUGAACCAGAGCCUGAGCCUGAGAAGAAAGAGGAGGACGAUCUGUGGGGUUUCAGUACAAGCAAAAAGGACAAGAAGAAAAAGAAGAAGAAUGCCGUUGAAGAGGAACCUCCUCGAGAACCCACACCACCACCUCCUCCUGAGCCUGAACCAGAACCCGAGCCUGAGCCCGAGAAACCUGCUGAAGACGAUAUCUGGUCAUUUGGCAUUUCCAAAAAGGACAAGAAAAAGAAAAAGAAGGGUAUUUUGGAUGACUUUGAGCCUGUCAAGGAACCCGAACCAGAGCCCGAGCCGGUCAAGGAGGAGGAAAAGCCAGCCGAGGUUGAUAUCUGGGCCACGCUUGGCAGCUCGAAAAAGGACAAGAAAAAGAAGAAGAAGGGUGUGAUGGAAGAGGAGCCAGUCAAGGAACCGGAGCCGGAACCUGAACCCGAGCCGGAACCAGAGCCUGUUGUGGAGGAGAAGAAGGAGGAAGAUGAUCUCUGGGGCUUUAGUACCAGCAAGAAGGACAAGAAAAAGAAGAAGAAGGGGGUUGAAGAACCAGAGCCGGAACCAGAACCAGUCAUGGAGGCACCGCCGGAACCUGUCGAGGAGAAGAAGGAAGAUGAUGAUUUCUGGGCAACCUUUGGCACCAAGAAGGAUAAGAAGAAGAAGAAGGGCAAAGAUGCUGAACCUGAACCGCCGCCGCCGCCGCCUGCUCCCGAGCCAGAACCUGAAGUUGAUAUAUGGGGCACUUCUAAAAAGGACAAGAAGAAAAAGAAAAAGGCCAGCAUCUGGGACGAUGAGCCGGCAAAGGAGCCGGAACCAGAACCCGUACCAGAGCCGGAACCGGAACCCAUACUGGAGUUUGAGCCAGAACCAAUUGUCAAGGAGGAAGUUCCUGCUACCGACGACACCGCCUGGAGCUUCUGGGGAGCGACCAAGAAAACCACAAAGAAGAAGGGCAAGACCGCAGAUCCUCUUGUGGAGCUUGAAAAAGAGCUCGAGCCGGUACCAGAACCACCGCCGACCGCCCCGGAAGCACCCGAUGCUGGUACUGACGAUUUCUGGGCAACUUUUGGCACUAGUAAGAAGGACAAGAAGAAGAAGAAGAACUCGGACGCAAGUGUCGAAGAACCCCCGGCCGAUGAUGCGUUCAUCCCAGCUCCCACCCCUCCAUUGGACGACCCUGCCCCGGAACCAGAGCCCGAGACAAAUAUCUGGGACGAGGCACCUAGCUCCAAAAAGUCCAAGUCCAAGGACAAGGACGAAAAGAAGAGUAAGGAAAAGGAGCCCAAACUGAGCAAGAAGGAACUGGAGAAGCUUGAAAAGGAAAAGAAAAAGGCCGAAAAGGAGCGGGCCAAGCAGGAAGCCAAGGAGGCCGAAGAGAAGGCUCAGCGCGAGGCCGAAGAGCAAGCCGCUCGUGAGGCUGAAGAAGAGGCUCAACGCAUCGCCGACGAACUUGCCGCCAAGGAAGCCGAGGAGCAAGCUGAGCGUGACCGCCUUGAAGCUGAAGCCGCCGAGAUUGCUCAGGAGGAAGAAGAGCUUGCUGCACUGACUGCGAAAAUGGCCAAGCGAAAACUUCCCAAGAAGGACCAAGAAAAGUUCAAUCGUCUGACUGAAAAGGCCAAUGCCCGCAAUGAAGCCAAGGCCACUCAGGAGGCCGAGGAGGCCGAGGCGCUCGCAGCACAAGAGGCCAAGGAGGCUGAAGAGCAAGCUGCUCGUGAAGCGGAAGAACAAGCGAUACGCGAAGCCGAAGAACAAGCCAUUCGCGAAGCCGAAGAACAGGCUGAACGUAUGCGCUUGGAGGCCGAAGAGAUGGCGUCUUCAAAGAAAAAGUCCAAGAAGAGUUCCAAGGAGGACAAAAAGUCAUCCAAGUCCAAGUCUGCAAAGGAAAGCCCACCACCCAAGGACAAGGACGAUGAUCUUUUGGAUCUUGAUGGCAUCGAACUGGAUCCUGCCCAAAUCGAUGAGCUCUUAUCUCCGACUCCCCCCAAGGAUAAGCCCGACACCUUUUACCUGUGGGGCUCCUCAAAGAAGAAAGGAUCCGAGAUUAAAGAUGCUGAGUCAAGCAAGAUUCUGGAAGAUGCCACACUCGACGCGCUACCGUCUCCCAAAGCUGACGUGUCGUCGAAAAAGAGUAAGAAGAGCAGUAAAAUCGCCGACAAGCUCAAGGCUUUCGAGGUUGUCCCCGACGACGGCGAUCUCAUUGACGCCUUGCCACCACCUCCGCCUCCGCCACCAGAGCCCCUCCACGACGAUUACUUUUCUCACAAGAGAAACGGAAUACCUGGCAGCUUUCCUCUCGAUGACGAGGACGAGAUAAUCGAAGUUGUCGACAUGUCGUCUCCAAAGAAGAGCAAAAAGAGCAAAAAGUCGCGAGACGUGCCACUAGAAGUACCUCCGCCGCCACCAGCGGUACCCGAAGUUCCCAUUCCUCCUCCUGAACCUAUCCGAUCCGCCAAGAAGGAGCGCGCCAAGAUCAACCGUGAUGGUGGCUCGUCCUGGGGUAUGUGGUCCGCCACACCCAAGAAGGAGGAACCCAAGUCUUCCAAGGUCAGGUCAGAGGACAAGCGUUCGAGAUCGGAGAGAAAGGAGCGUGAAGAAAAGACUUCGUCAAAGGGAUCUACUUCGGACAAGACAGAGCGGCCCAGGGGUCACGAAAGAGCAUCCUCAAACUUGGUCCAAUCGCGUGUGCCCAGCGUAUUCCAAAGCACACCGCCAGUAUCGCGAUCAAAGUCUACUCGUGAGAGACGUCCCAGCAAGUCCAACUCCCGUCGUCCCUCGGCAGACAUGUCGGGUGGUCUCAUGUCUCCACCUGCAGAAGAGGUCCCUUCCAAGGCCGCCAAGAUUCUAGGUUUCGACAAGAUUAGCCGCAAGAGCAAAUCACGCCACGCUGCAGAGGAUGACGAUAUCGUCAUGGUCGAUCCAGCUGAUGCGGCUCCCGCUCCAGAGAGGAGAUCAUCACACAAAAAGUCUAGAUCAAGAGCAGCCGACGACGACAUUGUCAUGGUUGAAGCUGAAGGUCCACCAGAUGCGACGCCGCUCAAGCGCUCCAACUCGAGUGCCAAGAAGGGCAUCUCUGGUCUCUUUGGAGGUCUCAUGUCGAGUACUCCGCGUUCCGAGCUCCGCCCCGAGCCUCGUCGUCGCGGUACCUAUCAGACGACGGACGAUGAAGGUGGUCGGCCUGACAAGAGAGCCAGGCGGACCGCGCGGGAAAGUGAUGUCGAGGGUGGAGUCGAUCCCGAAGCUGAAGCUCGCCGUGCUGCUCGACGGGCCAGGCGUGCCGAAGAGAAACAAGCUGAAGAAGCUCGCAUCGCCAAGGAAGAAGCCCGCCGAGAGCGCCGUAAGCGUCAAGAAGAGGCAGACGAGGCUCGCCGAGAGACGGAGCGGGAAGCUAGGCGAGCUGAGAGACGUGCCGCACGCAAGGCGGAUGAUGAGCGUCUUGCUGCAGAGGCUGAUGCAGCAAGGGACUCUGAGCGUGCAGAACGUCGCCGUCUUCGCAAGGAGGCUGCCGCCGCCGCUGCCGCCGAGGACGCAGAUGCUGAGCCGCGGCGUUCUGGCAGAGAUGACCGAUACAGGUCUCGCCAGGGUGGUGACACUGAAGAAGAAGAGGCCCGCCGUAGACGCCGCGAGGCACGUCGCGCUGCUCGCGCCGUUGAGGAAGAAAGGGAAAGUCGUCGUCGCGGUACACCUCCGGACGAAUAUGUCUACACACCAAAGCCCAAGGACAGCAAGACGCGCCCGGCUUGGCCGCACUCUGGCACUUCAUCCUGGGUCAAGGAGCAUUCCGAUGCCGGUCCGCCUCCCGAGAAUGAUCCCGGUACUGAUGCUCCGACACCGACCGACGAUGACGAUGCUCGUCGCGCUACCCGUCGGGCUCGUCGCCGUUCCAAGUAUGAAGACGGCAGUGCCGAAAUGGAUGAUGAUCAGAGACGUCGUCGGGCGCGUCGCGAGGAGCGUGAUCGUCGUCGUGGAGGUUCCGAUGGGAGUGGUGAAAAACCACGUGACAAUGUCUUUAUGGAUACUACUCCUCGGAGCAGUUGGUGGAAAAAGUUGAGAGGAGGAGCGUAG